AUGGACACCACAUCAGAUCCUACUGCGAUCUUUGACGCCACCUUAGCCGUGCGUCAUGUCUUCAAGGCGGCCAUAGCAGCCCCACGGCUAAUGCACUCGGAAUGGGCUGAGAAUAGAUUGGCUGAUUUUGAUCUCUGGUGCGCUAGCACCGGGGCUUCUACAACGGGAGAACUCUCGUUGGAUCACCAAUGGCAUACCAUCCCGGAGGUGCGCGCUAUGGUUAUUGACUCCUUGUCGACGGUGAAAACUGUGCUACAAAACUGUAUCGAUGAAGGUACAGAUACAUUCAGUCGAGAUUGA